GUAACGUAAAGUAGAAUCAAUUUGUCGAUAGUCGGUCCUAAUGCAUAUAAUUGUGCUUUAUGUAUUUUUAGUUGAUACACUGCGCUUAGAAUCAAAAAAUUUCGUUUUAGCUAAGUAAAAAUUCAAUGUUUAAUUCAAUUAAUGUGGCAAUCAGUGUACUAAAGGGAAGCAGUUAUCGAUAGCAGCCGAGCGUAAAUCGAUGUCAGCUGAUAUGCACAACAAACACGAAUUCAUAACGUGAACAGACAACGUAGAGUAACGGCAAGUUUUUCAAUUAUUUCCCUGUGACGGAGGAGGAGGCAGCCAUGUCCACGGUGAUGAGAACGCUGUGCUGCCGCCGGUCAGCAGCAUUACUAUUCCAGUCCAGCUGUCGCCGCAUUGAGUUUCCUCGUCGGACAUUCACAGUGCUCGCAAAAUCCCCACGAAUCCGUUUCAGGUCUGAUGUAAUCAGACAUCGUUUCACCCAUGGAAAAGGCGAGACAAGGAAUGACGUAUCAUUCGUGAUGGUGCGCUGGACGAAACUGAUAUGGAACAAGAUGUUUGGAAAGUAUCUUUUUGUCACUAAUGUGCUGGGCUCCGGGCUUCUGAUGGUUGUGGGCGAUGUCAUUGCCCAGGAGUACGAAUAUCGUCAUGGAUUGCGGCAACAGGAUCGUUACGAUGGCGACCGCAUGUUUCGCAUGUUUGUGGCGGGAGCGUUGCAGGGACCUUUGCAUCAUUAUGUCUACAAUUGGAUGGAUCGUGUGAUGCCGCAUCGCACAUUUCGGAAUAUUGUCAACAAAAUACUAAUCGAUCAACUGUUUAUGUCGCCUGCCUGCAUUUUAAUCUUCUUCUAUACCAUCUGCUAUAUGGAACGUCGAACACUGGAGCAGACGCAUCACGAACUAAUCUCAAAGUUUCCGUACAUUUAUCUUAUGGAUUGGUUGCUUUGGCCUGCGGCUCAAUAUGUGAACUUCCGCUAUUUGGAAACCAAAUAUCGUGUGGCUUUUGUUAAUGUCUGCACUGCGCUCUAUAAUGUGCUGAUGUCGUAUAUGAAGCAUGAUUUUGGCAUCGAUGAAAUGUUUGAUUCCUCACUCUCCAUUUCUGGUACGAAUCCAAAGGAAACGCAAAGGAGCACUUUGGCUGUAGCGGAAAAUGAAACCAAUGUUGGGAUAGCAACCAAGAGCAAGAGCGAAACUUAGCUAUACAACUUUAUAGCACUUGAUCAACAUUUUGUUUGUGAUAAUAUAAUAUCGAACAAAAAAUAAGUCAUCAAAAUUUGUUAGUCAUCGACGUACUUUUGUGCGUAAUAAUCUAUGCAUAUCAUUAUACUACAUACUAUAUAUUAAAAUGAGGCUAUUAGCAAAAAUUAUACCAAAGAAAUCACUGACGAUUUAUUAAGUAUUA